GAUGAAAAUAGACGGCCAAGAUUGCUUCUCGCCAUCGUUUCUCUGGGCUCUGCGGGAAAGAAAAACAGAGGAAAACCUAUUACGCAUACACUACCCUCGACUCAACGGGCAACAAAACUGCAGACCGCCACGAAAGAGAGUGACGUUUGGCAACUGUGAUUAGCCUAGCUACGGUGCCGUUUUGGCUGGAGUGCUACUUGUUUCAUCUGUCGUCAAGCACAAAUGCUGGAAUUGGGCCCAGCCGAACAUGUAAUGUGGGCUUAGGCCCGUCUCAAAAAUCGCCAAACUUGCAAUAAAAUCAAGUUUUCGAUAUACUUCGUGUUUGGUGGUGAAAUCAGAGACAGAGAAUACGAAGUUGAAAUCGAUAAAAUGGGCGGAGAGCAGCUUAUGAGGAGAAUUCCACGGAUUAAAUUCCCACAAAGACACGCGAAAUCUUCACCCUCAGGUUCAAUUUCCGAUUCUCAUGCAAUGUCAAGGUCAGAUGUGCCAGCACCGCCUUCUAAUGCUGCUGUUGGGGGCAAAGCUUCUCUUCAGCCUAAGCGUACUCCAGUCUCUGAGAGAGAGAUAGAGGCCAUUCUGCUGGGUGGGUGCUUCUGACUCGGCAACUGAUACGCUAUGUAGCUUCUGAACAGUGACACUUAAAAUUCCCGUCUGCUGCCAUCUGAUUUCUGAGCCGAUGCUUUUGCUGUUUUUUUUUUCUUUUUUUUUUUUUUGGCUCUUGCUCGUGUCAUAUCUAUGUUAUUGCAAUGAAAUGAUGAAAACCGUUAACUAUUCUCAAAUACGAUGCCAAAUAAUUCCUGAA